CCGUCCCCCGGCCAGUGGACGAGCUUCACGACGUGCAUGACGACAGCGCAUAUGGUUUUCAUCUAACUCUCACUCUCCGGCGUCCGCGAUGUUUCCUGGAUGGUCUUUAAUUGUAUGUAUCAACUACUUCUGGGCGAUUUCGUGUGCUGUACUCGUUAUAUUUUUCCAUCUUAGCAGAUACGAUGCGGGAGUAUGUGAGUUGACAUGGAUCUUUUCCCUCUUUUCUCUCUCCACCCCGGGGUGGGGGUUGGCUGCAUUUGGAUUGAACACGUAUAGGAUGGAUGGGGGCGCCUGUAAGAACCGAGGGGUGCAUCCAGUAUGCCAACCGGGAGAUUGGAAAUCGCUGGCUACUGGGGAUGGUUGCCUAUAUAUAUGUGAAGCUGAUCUUGCCGAGUGCCUUAUUUGCCUCUGUACAAAUUACCGAGACGAUCCGCGCGAUGAGUCCCACGUAGCAACGACCAGUGAUCCACUAGUGCCAGAUCCCAUCAUCCAGCCAGCCAGCGGUGUCUGCCAGACCUUAGGGACUACUAGUAGGGUACGGUUGGACUGGGCUGGCUGUCCCGGUCCCAAAACCAGCUAGUAGAAGAAUGGCACUUAACGCCGAGGGACACGCAAAACCAGGCAGCGGUAGUGCUCCG